AUGGAGGCGCUGGCGACGCUGGCGGCGCUGGGUCGGCGGGUUCCGAUCGAGCUGAUUGGCUGCCUUUUCAUGACCUCUUUUGUUCUCAUCAUGCCCACGACGGUUCAGCUGGUGCAGAGCAAGAUUUGCGAAGAAGAAUAUCCAGGCAUCGACACCAACUCUUUGGCCUGCGAUUCGGCCGAGAUCAGUGCCAAGACAAGCCAGGCCACCUUGUUGCUUCAAGUUGUGCAGAUCGUGCCAGCCAUUGUGGUCUCGACGGCACUUGGGGCCUGGAGCGAUUCCAUUGGUCGAAAGCCCUGUUUAGUCUUGGGCUUGGCAGGAAGCGUCGUCUAUGCCAUCAUCCUUCUCCUCGUCAGCAGCUUCAGCUGGUCCUGGAAAAUUCUUUAUUUUGGCAAUGUCGUCUUUGGACUCACGGGCUCGGCACCCCUCGUGCUUAUGGCCCUUUUUUCCAUCUUGGUGGAUGCCACAACCUUUGAAAGUCGGACCAUGCGCAUUGCCGUCAUGGAGGGUUGCGUGUACAUGAGCCUGGUCACGGGCUACUUGGUGGGCGGUCCUCUCACCCGCUACUUUGGCUUUCCCGUUACUUUUGCGACAACGGUCUGCCUCACCGGCAUUGCCACCAUCCUUUCGCUUUUCCGGGCCGAAUCCUUGCGCCCAGAGUAUCGAAAGCCCAAGGUCUCCGUCAUGGAUGCCACCAUCAUACAUUCGGGUCAACUCUUGACGCAAGCCCGGUGUCGUGCCACCCUCUUUCCAGUGACGGUCAUUUACGCGCGCCAAGCCUUUCAUUGGCAGGCAGACGUGGUUGACUUUUAUCUGGCGGCAGACUCGGCGAGCCGAGGCGCCGCACUGCUGAUCGUACUACCUCUGCUGGAGCGAAUCGCUGCCAGUCGCAAAAGGCAUCUCAAUGAGCUCCAUCUAGUUCGCCUGGGGCUCUGCGGCGCUGUCUUGAUGUACCUUGGCGACUACAUGCUGGCCUCACCAAGCGGCAUUUACGCCAUGUGUGCGCUUGGGCCCAUCGCUGGCUUACCAUUGCCAGUCGUCCGGGCCUACAUCUCAAAGCGCGUCCCAGAAGAGGAACUGCUGUGCCGCACCUCGACACUCACGAUUCUCCUUGUGUGUGUGUGUGUGUGUGUGUGUGUGUGUGUGUGUGUCUAUCCUUUUCUGGGCUUUUGGUCAUGA